GAAUUCCCAUCAAAAAUCUCUUAUCAGCAUAUUUAAUUUGCGACUUUAUUGUUGAUACACGUUGCAGGUGCGUUCGUAAUGCGUCUAGACCGCAUUCCGUGCGAGUCUAGUCAGCAUGAUGACUGUUAACCACCCGUUUCUGUACAUUUGGUCGAAUGCGCAGAUGACGAACCAGGCGUCUCCCGUCGAGGAGCAGGAGAAGCUGCUGGAUGAGGCGUUGAACGUCGUCAAAGUCCAGGCGUUUCAAAUGAAGCGAUGCCUGGAUAAGUCAAAGCUGAUGGAUGCGCUGAAGCACGCCUCCACCAUGCUCGGGGAGCUGCGGACCUCGCUGCUCUCGCCCAAGAGCUACUACGAGCUCUACAUGGCAAUAACGGACGAGCUCCGACACCUCGAGCUGUACCUCCUCGAGGAGUUCCGCCGCGGCCGCAAGGUCGCCGACCUGUACGAGCUCGUCCAGUACGCCGGCAACAUCGUGCCGCGACUCUAUCUCCUUAUUACUGUAGGCCUCGUGUAUAUUAACACUAAUACUAGCCUGCGGAGAGACCUGCUGAAGGAUCUGGUGGAGAUGUGCCGGGGCGUGCAGCACCCGUUGCGCGGGCUGUUCCUCCGCAACUACCUCCUGCAGUGCACCCGCAACGUGCUCCCGGACUCCCACGAGCCCGAGAAUGAGAAUGAGGGCACCGUUCGUGAUGCGAUCGACUUCAUCCUGAUGAACUUCGCGGAGAUGAACAAACUGUGGGUCCGAAUGCAGCACCAGGGGCACUCGAGGGACAAGGAGCGCCGUGAACGCGAGCGCUCCGAGUUGCGAAUUCUCGUCGGAACUAAUUUAGUGCGCCUCAGCCAACUGGAGUGCGUCACGGUCGCCGAAUACAAGCGCUGCGUGCUACCCGCCAUCUUAGAACAAGUUGUGUCUUGUCGAGACGCUAUAGCGCAGGAAUAUCUACAAGAAUGCUGUAUACAGGUGUUUCCUGAUGAGUUCCACCUGGCGACUCUCCAGCCUUUCCUGAAGUCCUGCGCUGAAUUACAGCCGGGUGUCAACAUCAAAAACAUCAUCACGGCGCUUAUUGAGCGCUUGCAGCAUUAUAGCCAGCGAAGCGAGAACGGAGUGAACUUCGUGGUGACGGAAGACGGCCAGGAGCAGCAGGUCCAACUGUUCGAGGUGUUCUCCGACCAGGUGGCCGCCAUCACACAGAGCCGCACCGACAUGCCUCCAGAAGACACACUAAGUCUCCAACUCGCACUGCUGAAGCUCGCUCAGCGCUGCCACCCAGACCGGCUCAACUAUGUCGACAAAGUUCUGGCUCAUACAGACACCAUCUGCAAAGACAUUCUACAGAACAGCGGCAAAACGCACAUGGAACAGAACACCCCAGUGUUCAAAGAGCUGAUGAAGAUCCUGAAACUCCCCGGCGAACAGUACAAGGACGUCCUUACCCUAACCAAGCUGCAGCACUACAGGCCGCUUAUCGCGCAUUUACCUCAUUCAGGCAGGACCACUUUGGCGGCGCAUCUUGCGUCGCUGCUUAUUGAUGCAGGCACUGUUGUGUCCACUCCUGAAGACGUGGAGUCAGUGUUGUCGAUGUUGGACGUGUUGGUCCACGACCAGCCCGACCAGCCCGCCAACCCGGACCCGGACGACUUUGCCGAGGAACAGUGGCUCUUAGCUAGAUUGAUUCAUCAAUUCAAGUCGCCUUCCGCGGACCAGCAGUACCUGAUACUGAGCGCGUGUCGCAAAGCCCUGCAAGGCGGGGGUGCGGCCAGGAUCCAGCACACCUUCCCACCGCUCUUGUUCCAUGCUUACAGAUUAGCUGAGCAGUAUAAAGACGAGAAAGAUCAGGACGAGAUGUGGGAGAAGAAAUGUCAAAAGAUCUUCCAGUUCUGCCACCAGAGCAUCAGCAUGUUGGUGAAGGCCGAGCUAGCGGAGUUGCCUCUGCGAUUGUACCUACAAGGAGCUCUAGCGAUCAGCGAAAUAGGCUUCGCGAACCACGAGACGCUCGCCUACGAGUUCAUCGCUCAGGCUUUCUCGCUCUACGAGGACGAGAUCCCGGACUCCCGAGCGCAGCUACAGGCUCUAACUCUGCUGAUAGCUACGGCUGAACAGGCCCGCUGCUUAGGAGCUGAAAACAUGGAGCCGCUGCGGACGUCGUGCGCGCUGGCGGCCGGCAAGCUGCUCAAGAAACCCGACCAGGCCAGGGCCGCCGCGCUCUGUGCGCAUCUCUACUGGAAGAGGGACAAAGACGGCAAUCCGUGGCCCCUGAGCGACGCGGGCCGCGCUCUAGAGUGCCUGCGCAAGGCGGCCCGAGUGGCCGCUCAAUGUAUGGACGGCGCCGUGCAAGCACAGCUACUAGCUGAACUGCUCGGCCGGUACGCUCUGCUCAGGACCAGGAGACACCCCGGCCUCACCCCGCAACUCAUACACACUGUAAUUGCGAAAAUUCGCGAGGAACUAGGCAACGUGGAGGCCAGCGAGGAGGCCGAACAGAUCGCGAGGCACUUCCACAACACGCUGCGUCACCUCCGGAGAUCCGCGCCCGACCUGCCGGCUCUAGACGACACGCUAUUGCAGUAGACAGA